AUGAGCUCGGACCCGCACACUCAUGCUACGCCGACCUCUGACGAUUCUGCCAGCGAGCACGAAGGACACGACACCAUUGCAUACCAGGUCGAGAGGUGCAUGCGGCAUCUCAUCUACACACUCAAUCGUCGUGUCCUCGAUGCACAUGGUCCGUUCUGGUCUGGAAGAAUACACCCCAAGUUCCGUGCAGUCGCCAUACAUCCCUAUGAAUCCAAAUUUGAAGAAUGGAUAGCACAUCUCAAUGGCCUCGCCGUAAGACAUCCCACAUAUUACGUGCGAGUCGCCAAUAUGACUACCGACGUCUUCGCCUCGGACGGAUAUGCUAGGACAUUUACAGAGUUCGAGGCGACGGGGAUACCAGAAGGCGUGUCCAAGCGAAGUGUUACAAUAAAUGAGUUUCAUCUGUAUAACGGGAAAUGGCAGUGGUACUCAGGCCAGGCUAUGGACAGCCAUGCAAUGGGCCAAACCACAGAAGUAGAUUUGCAAAUGCAAGGAGUGUACGAAUAGCGGAGGAGUUUGCGAAAGACUCAACUCUUUUCACACCCGUAAAUAUUGUGCUCACAGCCAGGUGUUUCGCGGCACGAGUUGGGAUGGUGUUUUACUAUGUUCGGAGAAUAACGCUGAUGGUGAAUGAGGUCAAGGAUGCAAAUCAUAUGGCUAAGGCCGCACUACCGCAUGUAACUGUUCUGAAACCUAUUUCUCCCGAUCAAAACGAUGUGGGAUGUAAGUGAACACAGGUGGGAUGUUGCCUGAGGCAGUCUUGCAUGGACCCUGCACCAAAACACGCUUGUUGCUCCGCAACUGCAACUGCAACAACAACAUCGUGAGCUUCCCGAACACCGGAGACUUCUCUGUUUGAAUACUUAACUGCGACACCAGUGGUAGACGCGCUCUUGCCUCAAGCAGUCGCCGGGCUGUCGAACCUGAUGACGGGACAGCGACUCGAUUAGAUUAUCGCGACUUACUAACCAAACACAGCGCGUUCGCGUCCACCCAAGCGGGACAUGGACGAUUCCAUCGAUGAUGGCUCCGCCUUUGAGAUGGAUGCCUCAAGCGACUUCGAGCCUCAAGCCAAGCCGGCACGUCAUACUUCACCUAGGCAGCAGUCUUCACAUGCUAACGAGUAUUGACAGAAAGCCAAAGCCCCUGCAAAGAAAGCCGCCGCACCUAAACCAAAAGCUACAAAACAAACCACUCUGAAGACUACAAAAGCCGCGCCAAAGGCUAAGGCAGCACCAAAGCCCAAGAAGCGCGCGAAACCGGACUCAGACGAGGAGAACACAGAUCUUGACGGCGAAUCGAACAACGACGACUCCUUGCUCUCCAACACACCACCGUCUGCGAAGAAGCAAAAGAAGGCACCGGCGCCCAAGAAAGCGGCAGGCAAGCCGCUGGCUGAGCUAGAAAACGAGAGUUUCAACAUGGACGUGCCAGUGGAGAAGCCGACCUCGAAGAAGGGCACUUCGACGGAACAGUAUCAGAAGCUCACACAACUCGAGCACAUCCUGAAGCGUCCGGAUACAUAUAUCGGCUCAGUAGAGAGCACUACUGAACAGAUGUGGGUCUACAACUCUCAGACUGAGUCCAUGGAAUAUCGCAAGGUCAGCUUCGUGCCGGGUCUCUACAAGAUCUUCGACGAGAUUCUCGUGAACGCGGCAGACAAUAAGCAGCGCGACAAGAACAUGAAUGAGAUGCGCGUUUGGGUGAAUGCUGAAAAGGGCGUGAUUGCGGUCAAGAACAACGGGCGCGGUAUCCCGAUCGAGAUGCACGAGAAAGAGGGCAUCUACAUUCCGGAGAUGAUUUUCGGCCAUCUGUUGACCUCUUCGAACUACGACGAUGACGAAGCCAAGGUCACCGGUGGGCGGAAUGGCUAUGGCGCCAAGCUCACAAAUAUCUACAGCACCCAGUUUCAGCUGGAGACUGUGGACUCCAAAACAAAGCAGAAAUACAGUCAGACUUGGCGAAAGAACAUGAGCAUUAUGGAGAAGGCCAAAAUCGAGAAGGCCAAGGGCUCCGACGACUAUACUCUGAUCACUUUCAUGCCGGACUUCAACAAGUUCGGAAUGGACAAGAUGGAUGAGGAUUUCGAGGCUCUUGUGAAGCGACGAGUGUACGACAUGGCUGGAACGGCAAAGGGUGUGAAGGUCUACCUUAAUGGGGAGCGCAUCAAGAUCAGCAAGUUCAAGCAAUACAUGGAGAUGUAUACGAAGGCCAUCAAGAGCGAGAACCUGGCCAAUGACGGCACCGCGCCUGAGCAAGUCAUCUUGACCGACAAUCCGCACGAGCGUUGGGAGAUUGGAUUUGCUGUGUCAGACGGCUCUUUCCAACAGGUGUCAUUCGUCAACUCGAUCGCGACCUCGUCUGGUGGCACCCAUGUCAACUACAUCGCCGAUCAAAUUUGCGACAAGCUUGAGGAGAUCGUGAACAAGAAGAACAAGGGAGGCGUCAAGCUCAAGAAGGCGCAAAUUCGGAAUCACAUCUUCCUCUUCGUCAACUGCUUGAUCGUCAAUCCGGCAUUCACAUCCCAAACCAAAGAGCAGCUUACGACAAAGGUCAGCGCCUUUGGCAGCAAGCCACAGGUCACGGAGAAGUUCCUGAAGGAUAUCGCCAAGACCGAGGCCGUCAACAACAUCAUUCAUUUUGCACAGCAGAAGGCCGACAAGGUACUCGCAAAGUCCGAUGGAGGCCGUCGCCAGCGCAUGAACAACUCGAAGCUCACGGACGCCAACAAGGCUGGUACAGCUCACGGCCACCAAUGCACCUUGAUUCUGACAGAGGGUGACUCGGCAUCUUUGCUUGCCCUGGCUGGACGCGCCGUGGUCAAUCCCGAUCUAUUCGGUGUCUUUCCCCUGCGCGGUAAGAUCCUGAACGUCCGCGAUGCUUCGAUCGACCAGAUCUCCAAGAACCAGGAGAUCCAGAACAUCAAGAAGUUCAUUGGACUGCAGCACAAGAAAGAAUACACUACCACCAAGGGUCUUCGCUAUGGACACAUCAUGAUCAUGACCGAUCAAGAUCAUGACGGUUCUCACAUCAAGGGCCUCUUGAUCAACUUCUUGCAGGUCCAGUUUCCCUCGCUGCUCAAGCUUGAAGGUUUCCUCAUGGAGUUCAUCACGCCCAUUGUGAAGGUUUGGAAGGGCGAUCCGAAGAAUCCGAAGGCUAAGAAGGACUUCUUCACUAUGCCCGAGUAUGAGGCUUGGAGACAGGAUCCCGGCAAUCAGCGAGGAUGGGAGCACAAGUACUACAAGGGUCUGGGAACAUCGGAUACUAGAGACGCCCAGAUUUACUUUGCCGACCUUGACAGGCAUCUGAAGGAAUUCCACGAAAUGCAAGAGCACGAACCAGAGCUGAUUGACCUUGCAUUCUCAAAGAAGAAGGCCGAUGCACGAAAGACCUGGCUUGGUAACUUCACUCCUGGUACCUACCUCGACAUGUCUGGCACGGGUAGAAUCACUUACGACGACUUUAUCAACAAAGAGCUGAUCUUGUUCUCGAUGGCGGACAACAUGCGUUCGAUUCCUUCGGUCGUCGAUGGUCUGAAGCCAGGACAGCGCAAAGUAUUGUACACUUGCUUCCGGCGGAAUCUCAAGAAGGACGUCAAAGUCGUCGAGCUGGCUGGUUCGGUUUCUGGCCUCACUGCUUACGCCUACGGCGAUACCUCACUACAACAAACCAUUGUUGGGCUUGCGCAGAACUUUGUUGGAUCGAACAACAUGAACGUUUUGGAGCCAAGUGGGAACUUCGGUUCCCGUUUACAGGGUGGCCAGGAUGCAGCAAGCGCUCGUUACAUUUACACGAGACUCUCGCCAUUCGCUCGCCGCGUCUUCAACCAGGCUGAUGAGCCUCUACUUAAAUACAACAUCGAUGACGGCAAAGAGAUUGAGCCGGAAACGUACUGUCCGAUUGUUCCUAUGAUUCUCAUCAACGGCGCAGACGGCAUUGGAACUGGUUGGAGCACAUCCAUCCCCAACUAUUCGCCCAUCGAUGUCAUCGACAAUCUUAUUCGACGCAUGGACGAAGGCAAGGAUUCCAUGGUCUUCAUGAAGCCGUGGUUCCGUGGUUGGUCUGGCGAAACAGAGCAGCUGAGCGACGAACGUUUCAAGUUUGCAGGAAAGAUUCAAAAGACCGGUGACGAGGAGGUUGAGAUCACAGAGCUCCCGGUACGCUACUGGACUCAGGACUUCAAGGACAAGCUGGAGGAGGUCUUGAAGGCGGAGAAGGUGCCGUCCUUUAUCAAGGACUACACCGAAUACAACACACCUGAAACGAUCCACUUCAUCGUCAAGAUGGAGGCGAAGAAGCUCCAAGAGAACGAGAACAAGCUCGAAGAUCUCUUCAAGCUGGCGAAGACCCAGGCAACCACCAACCUUGUCGCCUUCGACCCGCAAGGCCGCAUUCGGAAGUAUCAUACGCCGCUGGAGAUCAUGGAAGAAUUCUACCAACACCGCCUCAAUAUGUAUAUUGACCGCAAGAAGUACAUGCUCAACGAGAUGCAGCGAGAGCUGGACAAGUUGACCAACCAGGCGCGAUUUGUGCAAAUGAUCAUCGACGGCAAGCUUGUUGUCAGCAAGAAGAAGAAGACUGUCCUCGUCGCCGAGCUACAAAAGCUUGGAUUCAAGCGCUUCCCGAAGAUUGUCGAUGCAAAGAAGGAGGGAGAAUUUGAGCCCGUUGUCGAGCAAGACAAUGACGAAUCCGACGCGGCUGAGGCCGAAGCUGGUGCGAGCGACUUUGACUACCUGCUUGGAAUGGCCAUCUGGUCUCUUACUCAAGAGCGUGUCGAGAAGCUUCAGCGUCAAAUCGGAGACAAGGAAGACGAGAUUACGGUCCUGAGCAGCAAGAGCGUGCAGAUGCUUUGGAAAGAAGACCUGGAAGCCUUGCGAGAGGAAUGGAUCACCCAACUCGAGGAAGAAGCAGCGCGUGAGAAGAAGGUCAAGUCGAAGGGCCGUCGCGCUUCGGCCAAGCUUGGCAUAGGAGGCAAGCCUGGUAAGAAGCGGAAGGCCAAUGAUAGCGACUCAGGCGAAGAAUUCGCACCGAAGAAGCCGAAGACAACCAAGUCCAAGGCGCUCACAGGUCUUCUGGCCAUGAGCAACGGCGUAAAGGCUGCUCCUACCGUCAAUGGUGUCGAACAGAAGCCCGUUGCGAGACCGCCUGCGGAGCGACAGGGCACAUUGGAUGCUGCUUUCAGCGCCCCCACCUCGGAGAUGGAGAUUGACAGCAAGCCCUCUGCUGCGGCGACAGAGAAGGCAGCUCCGACCAAGAAGCCUGGUCGUCCGAAGAAACCCGAUGCUGGUGAGCAGGUGGCUCAAGUAGCACCCAAGCCACGCGGACGCGCAAAGAAGACUGUCGAUUCCGAGGACUCUGACGAGGAUGUGUUUGCCGCUGUAGCCAAGGAAGCUGCUUCCAAGCCAGCCACAGCUCCAUUACGAACAGGACGUGCAGUAGCCUCAAAGCCGAAGAAGUAUACUCUCGACUCAGACGAGGAAAUGUCCUCAGACGACGGCGGUAAUGACAUGCUUGACGAUGUCUCCACGAUGGUCAAGGGUAUUGGCAACAACAAGAAUGAUGGCCCCACCCGGUUGUUCCAUCCUUCAAAUGGCUCCCGUCCAUCUAGCAGCUACGGCUUGAAGCAGAAGACCAGCAGAAAGAAUCUUGCAGAUUCAGAUGUGUCCGCCGACGAGAGCAAUUGGGCGGCUUUGGCACAAAACUCGCCUCAGAAGGCAACUCAUCGUACUAUGAUUUCUGACGACGAGGACGACACCAUGGACAUCGACGCACCAAAGCCGGCUCCCAAGCCCGCUGCGAAGCCAGCAGCUAAGCCUGCCUCCAAGGCGAAAGACUCGGCCGCACUCAAGCCCAAGAAGGCCCCUGCUGCUCCUGCCGCCGCUCCAGUUCCAAAGCCGCUCUCUCCGGCGGCAAAGGCGUACGCAGCGAAAAAGGCCAGCGCUGCGCAGGCAAAGCCCGGAGCCUCCAAGCUUGGGAAGAAGCCGGCUAAGUUGAGCGAGUCUGAAGAGGAGGAGGAGGAGGAGGAUGAUGCUGAUCAACUUGCCAACGAGAUAUUGAGUGACGAGGACGACGACAGCCCAGUCAAGCCUACUGCUCGGCCAUCCCGUCGCGCUGCUGCGUCGGCACCCAAGUCCAAGUAUGUGGUUGACGACGAUGACCACGAGGAGGAUGAAGAGGACGAGACGGCGGAUUUUGACGAUGACGAGAGCGAUUGA